CGAGGCUACGGAGGCUAUAAGCUCCCGUAGCUAUAACGCAUUCGCCAAGAUCGGGUAUAAAGACAGCUCUGAGCCGCCGCGGCGUUUAUAUGUAUCUCAGUCUUGUAGCUCAGAAGCAUAUUCAUUAUCAAACACGAACAGUCGCCUUUGAGCCACGCAUCUGGACAAUCUUUGAACACGCUGAAUCCUACAAGACCUAAUCAUGUCGACGGUCCUGAUCAUCGGCGCUGGCCCCAACAUUGGCCUGGCAACCGCAAAGGCAUUUGCAAGUGCUGGUUACAAGGUCGCCUUAGCCUCUCGAAGCAAGAUCACGGACGCCUAUAAGCACUUUCCAUUCGAUGCCGCCAAGCCCGACACAGUCCACCAGCUCUUCGAGGGCGUCCGCAAAGAGGUUGGCGACCCCAAAGUUGUGAUUUACAACGCUGCGGCUUGGACACAAACCCCGCCCGAGACACCGUUCGCGUUGAGUCUCGAUGAGUACCGCAAAAGUUCGGACGUCAAUACGACAUCGGUGUUUGUGGCGGCCAAGGAGGCGGUCGACGGCUUCGCUCGCACGGGGCCUGGGAGCACCUUCAUCUUUACGGGUAACCUGCUGAACGUCAGGCCCGGGCCGAGGUCAGUAGCCUUCGGCAUAGGCAAGGCGGGAUCCGCAAACUUGAUCAAGGCCGCAAGCACCAGCUUCGACGGAAAAGGUUACAAGUUCUACUAUGUGGAUGAGCGCAAGAGUGAUGGAGCUAAUGUCUAUCCUACCGGUGCUGAAGCGCAUGCAAACACCUUCUUAGAGUUGGCAAGGGAUGACAAGCAGAGAGCUUGGCAGUAUACUUUUGUGGAUGGUAAGGGAUACGUGGAUUUCAAUGAACGGUAGUUACACUGUCCACGGAAGAAAGGCCUACAGUAUGCGAGCGUAGCCCGGGCAGCCUGCAGCACAGGUGGCGAGCCCACUGACCGUAACGAUCAGUGGUGUUCUUUAGCCGUCGUGCUCUUGCCCGCAGGUACCUGAGGCAGCAUAAAAUUUCAUCUCAGGCAUAACGUCAGACCAACCUUAUAGUAAUUGAGAAAUGUCUUCUUGGGUCCCACAUCUUGAUGCCCUCUGACCUAAUAGCUGUCAGGGUUGCAGAAAGCCAAGGUUGAAGAUACGAACCAAGAAAGGAACAAAACUAAGCG